AAAGCCUGGGUGUUAAUUUAACGGGUUUCACUUCAGAUAAGAGGGUACAGUAUUUGAAUUCAUUUUACGAGUUCGUCACCUCUUCGAAGCCGGAAGUAAAUGCAAGCAGACGAUCAUAGUUUUCGUUUAUGCCCUCAUCCGGUCUUUAUAGGUCACUUGAAUGUAGUUUAUAGUGUCUUUAUAUAUUUUGGGGGUAUUCUUAUGGCUGUAUUUGGAUGUAUUAGAUAAAGACGAGAGUAUUUGUCCCGUUUGGUCACGUUUAAACGACAACGGAAUCAUACGGUAGUGAACUAUCUUGGUCGCUGCCAUCUCGCUUAUCAAGACCGUUCACGCAUGCUCAGUUGAGUGCGGGUGUGACUGGCGUAUUUUUUAAUAAACAGCGCCUCUCUGUGGGCAAAGCACAUAAAAAAAUAAGAACGCCACAAUCUGGAGACUUUUGGGUGCGUUCCCUGAAAUAAGAAGAGAGCCGUAAUGUAAUGUAAGAUAUGAAGUAUUCGGGCACAAGGACUUUUACUGAUUGACCUUAUUAGUGACAGCCGUAGCCGAAAUAAGCGACGAUGACGACCACGAUGGCGACGACCUCCUCUCCAGCAUCGAGCAGCCACCCAGUUGGACUCCCCAAAGGUCCGAGCACGCCGAGGCUUCACAAAUUGCUGGCAGUGCCCGGCUGCAAACCGGACAUGCUCAACGAUCUGCUCCUCCUACGGCCUGGAGAUGGACAAGAUUCACAAGCGAGCAGCAGCAGUAGUAGUUGCAAGCAUGUGGUGUUUUUCCAUGGAGACAUUCAGAACUUCCGUGAGGAGAUGGCGUCGCAGUCUGACUGCGCCCAGUGGCUGCAGUGGAGUCUGGAGCAGGUGGUCAUCACACUGGGUCGACGUUUCCCGGGACACCACGUGUGGGUGGUGCGCGCCUCCCGAAUGUACCUGCAUAAGUUUAGCAGCUACUGCAACUUUGUGGAGAGCAACAUGUUCGGCGCUCCGGAACACGCGCCGUACUCACCGGACGGGGGAGCACUGAGCCACCUCAGGUCCUUGCUGAUCAAUGGUAUGGAGCGAGCUGGUCUGCAAAACACAAUCCAACAUCCGGACGGUGCCCCCUCCACAGCUUUCUCUCUGACUCUGGUGGGCUUCAGCAAAGGCUGUGUAGUCCUCAACCAGGUGCUUUAUGAACUGGGCGGCGCUCAGGCGGAUCCGCACCUGGCGGACUUUACCAGAAGCCUUUCGGACAUGUUCUGGCUGGACGGCGGUCACCCGGGUGGGAGCGAGACGUGGGUGACAGACAAGAGGCUGCUGGGCCAGCUGGCAGCUAGCGGGAUCGGGAUCCACACCCACGUGACCCCAUAUGAGGUCAGGGACCCCAUGCGAGCCUGGGUAGGCCGAGAGCACGCAUGCUUCGUGAAGACUCUAGAGGAGCUCGGGGCGCGUCUAUAUGACAAACUCCAUUUUGAAGACGAACCACCAUCCAUUGAAAACCACUUUAGGGUCAUUCAGGAAUUCUGAGUCCUUAAGAGCGUUCUAAAUUUGGAUCUUAGAAUAUUUCCCUGGAAAUUUUAGGGUAUGCGUCAGGGAUCCUAGACUACAAGUCAGUGUGUUUAAUCAUCUGGAUCGUUGGGACGGAGUAUGACUCUUCAUUCCAGAUCUUAGGGUAUAUGUCUGGAUCCUGAGGAUGAUGUUUUGGUCUCAUCUGAUAGAUCUGGCUCUAUAAGUGUACAUGUCAAGAUUCAAGUAUAUACUUAAAGUACAUCUGGAUCUUUUAGUGUAUAUGUCUGGAUCCUAGGGAUGAAGUUCAGGUUGUAUAUGUAUCUGGCUCUUAAGUAUACAUGUCAAGAUCUCAGUUAAUGCAUUCGGAUCUUUCAGUGUUUUUUUUUUGUGUGUUUUUUUUUAGAUCUGAGGGUGUGCAACUAGAUCUUAGUGUAUACAUCUUGGUCUUAGGGAAUUUAUCUGGGUUUCAAGAUGUCUGGGAUGUGUAUAGUGUAUGUCUCGAUCAUGUGUACACAAUCAGAUCUGAGGUAUCUGUGUCUUUUGAGUGUAGGUCUAGGUCUUAUUGUUAAUGUUUGAGUUUAGGAAUGGGAUUAGUAAAGGGAAUGGGCUUUUUCCUGCUAAUUACACAAUCAGAUCUGAGGUAUCUGUGUCUUUUGAGUGUAGGUCUAGGUCUUAUUGUUAAUGUUUGAGUUUAGGAAUGGGAUUAGUAAAGGGAAUGGGCUUUUUCCUGCUAAUUACACAAUCUGAACAAAUGCACAAUUGAUUUAUCUUGUUUUUUCCAACUAAUGAAUUGCUCUAUUUAGAGAGGACUCGUGUCUUAAAAACCUUAUAUUGUACUGAGUGUUUCCUUGAUGAGGAAAAUUGCAUCAAAGUUUGAUCAUCUUGAGAAUUCAGCAUUAGAAAAAAGUAUGUGAGGACAAGGUUUAAUUCCUUUUGGUCUUGUUGGAAAUUGCGAUCGGGGAAAGUUGUUUUUCCAGGCACCUUACUUAGAAUGACACAUUGUGACCCAUUUUGUUAAAGGUUUCCUGUGUUUGACAUAAAUUAUAGGCUGCGCGUGUGUGAUACAUUCUCUAUUUAAACGUGCACUCGUGAUGAGCUAUGUUUACAGGCUUUCAAACCACACUGGCUGCCUUGUUUUAUCCCUUUUAGUUUAGAUUGAACGGCUGAUUAUGUGAGCAACAGUAGGCUGAAUAGACAGAAAGCACGUUAUUCUUGUCUUAUUUAGUUCUCGUCUGGUGGUGUGUUGUUUUGAAAGGAGAAAUAUCCAAGCCACAUUUCCUUACUAUUGCUGCACUAUGACCGUGGCGGUCAUUAUUGUUGAAUGUAACAAAGCUAAUCAUUCCAUUUCAUUGCUUUCAGCAGUGCUGAAGAAAAAAAUGUUGGGGGUCAAGUUGAACUAUGCCUUCUAAAAUAUUUGGCGGGGGAGGAAUAAAACAUUUGCAUAAAAACUCUGCAGGUCUUGGUCUUGUUAUUUAUUAGAAAUUAGUAUCAUUUGUAAUCUAACAAUUAGUAUACAUUAGGGAUGCAACGAUACAAUUAAGUCACU